AACCCAUCCACGCGGUGUCGGAGCCUCACCACUUUCUUCCCCAAAUAUACAACUCUCAGAUCAGAUCAGAUCCCAGCGAUGCUUUCACUUUCACUUUCACUUUCACACACUCUCACUUACCAAUAAACUUCCACUCUCAAACAAACUGUUUGUUUUCAGUUACUCAGAUCUAAUGGCGGUCGUCGCACGUACCGGCAGAGGCGGUGCCGGUGGUGGUUCCUCCGCCUUACGCAGCUUCUUUUCCUACCGGAUCUUCGUUUCAGCUAUGUUUACUCUUCUUUUCUUCGCUACUGCCUCCGUUCUCUUCUCCUCUCACCCUGCGCAUUUCUCCGAUAACUCUGAAAUUGAAACUACUGGGAAUGCAUACAUGCACAGAACAUUUCUUGCUCUGAAAUCUGAUCCGUUGAAGACUAGAUUGGAAUUGAUACAUAAGCAAGCAAGUGAUCAUAUUAUGCUUGUGAAUGCAUACGCUUCUUACGCACGAAAGCUUAAGCUCGAGAUAUCAAAGCAGCUUAAGAUGUUCGACGAGAUGGCACAAAACUUUUCAGAGUUAGGUGUGAAACCAACGUAUCGAACCGCAUUGUAUGAGUCUAACGGGCCUGUAGAUGAAGAAGUGUUGAGACAGUUUGAAAAGGAGGUUAAGGACAAGAUUAAGGUUGCCAGAUUAAUGAUUGCGGAAAACAAGGAAUCUUACGACAAUCAGCUGAAAAUUCAGAAGUUAAAAGACACAAUAUUUGCUGUUAAUGAGUUGCUAGUUAAAGCUAAGAAGAGCGGUGCGUUUGCUAGCUUAAUCGCUGCUAAAUCAACCCCGAAAAGUUUGCAUUGUCUUGCAAUGCGUUUAAUGGGAGAACGUAUUGCAAAUCCUGAAAAAUAUAGAGAUGAGAAACCUAGACCGGAAUUCGAGGACCCUUCUUUGUACCAUUAUGCGAUAUUUUCCGAUAAUGUGAUUGCGGUUUCUGUUGUGGUGAAUUCGACUGUACAAAACGCUGAAGAGCCAUCAAAACAUGUUUUUCACAUUGUUACGGAUAAAAUGAAUCUUGCUGCAAUGAAAGUUUGGUUUAAAAUGAGGCCCGUUAAACGAGGUGCUUUUGUUGAGGUGAAAGCAGUGGAAGAGUUUACUUUCUUGAAUUCUUCAUACGUUCCGAUACUCAGACAACUCGAGUCGGCAAAUUUACAAAAGGAUUACUUGGACAACAAGUUAGAUAACGAAACCACCGACGAGAAAAACAUGAAGUCAUCUGGGGACACAAAGCAUUUGUCGAUGUUGAAUUAUCUUAUGUUUUACUUGCCGGAAAUGUAUCCGAAGCUACACCGGAUAUUGUUCUUAGAUGAUGAUGUUGUUGUUAAGAAAGAUUUGACCGCAUUGUGGAAAAUUGACUUGGAUGGAAAGGUCAACGGGGCGGUUGAGACAUGUUUUGGAUCGUUUCAUCGUUACGCUCAUUAUUUGAACUUUUCACACCCCUUGAUUAAGGAUAAGUUUAAUCCUAAAGCUUGUGCUUAUGCUUUUGGUAUGAAUAUAUUUGAUCUUGAUGCGUGGAGACGUGAGAGAUUAACCGAUCAGUAUCAUUACUGGCAGGAUCUGAACGAGGACCAGAAUCUGUGGAAAUCGGGAAGACUGCCACCUGGACUGAUGACAUUCUAUUCAACGACAAAAUCACUGGACAAAACAUGGCAUGUUCUUGGACUAGGGUACAACCCAAGUAUAAGCAUGGACGAGAUUAAAAAAGCUGCUGUCAUUCAUUAUAACGGGAAUAUGAAACCAUGGCUCGAUAUCGCUAUGAACCAAUUCAAGAAUCUAUGGACUGUCCAUGUUGAUGCUGACAUGGAAUUCGUGCAAUUGUGCAACUUUGGUCUAUAAAUAUUAAAUAGAGUAAAAACAAGCCGAGUUCGAGCUGGUUCUUGAUACCUGUUCGUCGUUUUAAUCACUUCUAAAUAGUGUAACGUUAAUCCCGAGCUAAGCUCGGUUAGUGUCACAUUAUUUUUACACGUGAUAUUAGUAAAGUGUUAUAACAUCAUAUCGAAAGAUGUGCGCAGGUAACGUCUAUGUUUGAAUGAUUUUUUUGUAUCUCUCCAUAAAUGUAAGGUGUUAGAAAUUGCAAAUUAUACAUGUUCUUGUUAGAUUUA